GUACCUGAAGCUGCAAAGAACGAAACGAAAACGGAGUUACAGAGUGCGUCCAAUCUUUGGGGUCCACGUUCAAGGUCGUUCGUUUUUCGGUUACCACAAAGGGCGGCACGCAGGCAGGACGGUUCCCGCACGCUGACAAUCCACCCCGGUCCUCCCCAAACGGCGACAACAAGAAACAGAAGAAAACAAAAUACAAAGAGUAGCGAAUUUUGGGGAAACCAACAAAACACUCCCCUCUUCCCGGCUCCGCCACCCGUCUCGCGUAGUCUCCCUUUGGCAGGACAGAGGAUCGCACUUGCUGACCGCGCGGUCAUGGCGAUCUUCCGUAAACCACAGCGACAUGUGGCCUUGUCUCUAUUAUGUCUUGUGAGCGUUCAUAUCCAAAAGAUGAUGACGGAGGGCCAAGCAGUCUUUUACGAAGAACUCAACAUGGAUUUUGCAGCCAUUCACGAUAACAUUGAGCACGCCACGACCCAGGAGGUUAUGUACGAGAAGAAGGUGUGCUUCGAUGUGGUCGGCUGCUUCGACCAGAAGGGGCUGCUGGCUCAUGCGCGGCAGUUUCCCCAGUCUCCCAAGGAGAUCGGGACGGCGUUCCGACUGUACUCGAGGAGCGGGAGCGACGUCUUGGACAUCUACGCCCCCGGGGGCAUGACACUGCCGCGGGCUUACCGCACCGGGGGACCCCUCAAAGUCAUCACGCACGGGCUGGGGGGCAACGGAAACGUCACGUACCUGCGGCACAUGAUGGACGCUCUCCUCAGGCUGGAAGACGGCAACGUGGUGGUGGUGGAUUGGUGGCGGGGCUCCAGGCUGCUGGACUACGUCCAGGCUUGCGUCAACUCGGAGCUGGUGGGUCGCGAGGUGGCGCACCUGGUGGCAUCGCUGGUGCGCAACGGCGUCGUGCAGCCGUGGAACGUGCACCUGAUCGGCUUCAGCCUAGGCGCACAGACGAUGGGCUUCGCCGCCAGGAGGCUGGCGCGGAACUACGGGCUCAAGGCUGGCAGGCUCACCGCGCUGGACGGCGCGGCCCCGCUGUUCGAGACGCACGGCCUCCACCCGCGCAAGCAGGACGUGCUGUACCUGGACGCGGUGCACACGAGCGCGGGCACGAACCUGCUCAUGGGCCACGUCGGGCUGCGGAGGCCCUUCGGCCACGUGGACUUCUACCCCAACGGCGGCGUGCACCAGAAGGGAUGCGAACAGAGUCUGACGUGCUCCCACCAGCGAGCCUCGCUGUACUUCGUCGAGUCCCUGCGCCACUGGACCCAGUGCCGCUUCAAGUCCCUCGCGUGGCCCGAAGGCUGCCGCUUCUUCAACAGCCGGCGGCGUUGUGGCCGGGGCCCGCCCUCGGGUUCGGACUUUGGCCGCAUGGGCUACUUCAGCCCGUCGACCAAGGCACGCGGCGUUCACUACCUGGAGACCAAUCAAGACCAGCCGUUCUGCAAGGAGUGACGGGUCCGCGUUAUGUCUCCAUCGUUGGUCGCCUCGGCGCAAAAAUAAAAGGCUGUUAAUGUAUGCAUGA